AUGAUGCCACCAUUCGUUGAUGUGUGGAGUGGUUCUCUGAACCCUACCAAAGGUCACUUUGAGUCAGGCUGGCGGGUCGAACGACGAUUCAAGUCCGUCAGCGAACGUUCGUUAUGCCUUCUGGAAGACGCUGGCGACAGUAUAGCGCGCCAUUUGUGGGACGGAUCCCAGGCAUUGGCGCAGCACAUCGACUACACCAUCUCGCUUGAUCAUCCCACGACGCUUCCGCUGCUCGAAUAUGUCCUCAUUUCGGCUACAUAUCGACGGACCAAUAUCAUCGAAUUGGGAUGUGGUUGUGGCACAGUCGGAAUUAGUGUCGCACAGUCAAUACCCGAUUGCGACGUGCUACUGACGGAUCUGGACGAGGCGAAAGAAUUGGUCGAAGCCAACAUUGCAAGAAUGCAACCCGCCAUGGCCUCUCGAGCACGUUUCCAGUCAGUCGAUUGGCUAAAAGCUCUACCGCCCAAUCUGGAGACUCGCAAGAAUGACCUGAUCAUCGUAUCCGAAUGCACGUACAACACGGAUACUCUCGAGCCGCUGGUCGGUAUGCUGGUCACAUUGGUGACCCGCUCACCGAAAGCGGUGAUUGUUGUGUCUACCAAGACCAGACAUGAUAGUGAGGCGGCCUUUUUCGAUCUCAUGAAGAAUGCGGGUUUGAUCGAAGAAGGCUCGAUGCGGUUGCCGUUACCCGGUGAGCCUGGACAGGGCUACUCGGAUUGGGCCACGGAUGUAGGUAUGCAUGUGUUCCGCGGGAAGGAUCACCGCCUCAGUCUGAGUCCCCGGAACAGAAGCGAAGAAGAGGUGCCGACUACCAAAAAGGAGAAGCGGAGUAAGUCGAGAUAA